AUGAAGGAGUUACUCGACUCGGACAGAGUCAACUAUCUCAUUUGGAGAUACUUGCUCGAAGGCAACUUUCGAGAAACCGCCGCCAAGUUCCAGAAGGAGUGGCGCGUGGAGGCUCCUCACCGGCACUUUGACUUCGCGUCUCAUGUCAAGAACUACGCCCUCGUCUCCGUCCUCAACAAGGGCCUGAUCUACCACGGACUCGAGCGGGACUACGCACAACAACGGGUACCAGCCGACGCUGCGGCAACGCCCGACAAACCCCAGUUCGGGGUUUUUGGGCCCCUUGUGCCGCAGCACCCCAUCAAUUACGAUGAGCUUGAGGAUGAGAUAGAGGAACCGGAGCCCCUGCCAGCAUCUCAUCCACCGCCGGCUGUCGACGAGGCCGACAAGUCGUCACUGAAGCGGCAGGUCGACUCCCAGAGCCAGCUGGCAAAUGGGAACGCCCCAAAGCGGCCGAGAUUGGGCAAUGCCAACGGCCUCGAAAAUGGGGCGGAUGCAGCCACAAGCCCCAUGGAAAUCGAUCAGCACCAAUCCGACAACCACGCUUAUCCCUCACCCCUGGAAGGCGAACAGGCCCCGACCCCAGCUCCCCGAACAGAGGGCCCGGAUCACGGUACUCAGACUGACAAGGUCGACGACCUCGAGGCAAAGACUGUUUAUUUGCGUCUUGCCCAUGAUGAUUCCUCCUCACUUGCAGCAACCCCGAUCGCCGACGUGUCACAUCCACGCGCUAGCCAGAACCCAAUCCUUCUGCAUUGCGAGUGGAACCCCAAGGACCCAUCCCGCCUGGCGGCUGCCGGGACUGACGCACUAGCCCGCGUUUGGACCGUUUCGCGUGCCACCGGUCCGGACCAGGUGGCUGAUCACGUGGAUCCCGACUGGCCCUCUAUCAACCUUGUCACGGAUGACUUCCCACCCCAUUCCAAGGUCACCGUCAUGGCCUGGGGUUCCGACGGCAAGGAAAUUGCUGUCGCUACCGAUGAUGGGCAGAAGGCUCGCAUCGACCUCUGGAAUCUCGACGGCAGACAGAUGCACACAUAUACCGGCCUGGAGGCGCCCAUCGUCAAACUGCGAUGCAACCCUGUCAACCGCAAGGUCUUGAGCAUCACACCCAUCUCAAACCCUUCAGGAGACACGACAGGCUGGAUGGUCACUGUAUUCCCCUCGCCGAAGUCUAGUCCUGUCGAAUACGAGCACACCUUCCCACCGGACCAAGACGUCGACGCCCAGCAACCAGAUGCCGUCUGGGUCGACGAGCAUGAAUUCUUACUGAGCGUUGGCAACAAGGUUCUCUGUCUGCGUUGCACGGAUAAUGAAAUCACGCAGUCCAAGGAACUCUCAACAAGGACAGACGAUCCAUUAACACAGAUUCAGUAUGACAGCACUGGACACUUUGCAGCGGCGACGCUGAAGGGUGACAUCGACAUUUGGGAUCCUGCCGGCGUCCGCCGAACCAUCCAUGGCGCUCAUGAUGGUCAGAUCACGUUUCUGCAAUGGCAACCGAUCCAGGGCCGGGCACCUGACAGUGAGCUGUUACUAGCGUCAGGGGGUGAGGAUGGCACAAUCGCCAUCUGGGAUGCCCGCUCGCCCGACAGCAGGCCCAGACUCCAGCGGACGAUUGACGACAACCCUGUCGUUGGUCUGUCCUUCACCCCCGACGGUGCCUUCUUCGCCGGGGCUACAAGGGACCGAAUCCUGAUAUUUAAGGUCGGCGAAUAUGCUUUCCCUCGGGCGGCUUGGAAAAGAAGUCUGCCGCCUGGCGGAUUGAGUCCCAAGAUAAAUGGCCUGAAUGGCGAACCAGAGACGGAGGAUCAACACUGCUUAAGCUGGGACGCAAACGGCCAGAGACUCGCGUUCGGCGUGAAUGGAUUGCAUUGA